AUGAAGAGAAAGAUAGAUUUGGUUGAAGAAAAAGAUCACGAGAGUGAACAUGAAGAAAGCGAAAGUUCUGGUGAUGGAAGCGAGGAUGAAGAACCGAGAAUAAAAGAUGUUUUGAGUCAUCUUUCCCGAGCAGUGCCGGAAAAGCGUGCUUCUAAUUUGCUGCAUAGUAUGGCUGCGUCCAAAGAUAUUCUUUUCUGGAGCCCCAACGGACAAUUACUGCGAAAUAAACGCACUAUUCCCGUCACAAACAUCGCGGAGCUAGUUGAGUAUGUGUUACUCCCUCAUAACAAUGAGGUUACCAAGCCUCGUGCUCUGAAUACGUUUCUAGAUGGACUUGCAGAGUUAGGAAUCGAUAAAAAUUUAAUCAAGAACAAAAAGUUGUUAAGUGAUUUAAUAGAAAAGGAAAAAGGCUACCAAAAUGUAGAAAAUACUUCCGAUAACGAGAGUAAUAAUGAGGAGAGUUCACCGGAUAUUGAAAAUCAGGAGGAGGAGGAGAAAGUGGCUUCUGAGAAAGGCGUUGAAGAGGAAGACACCCAAGAGAGGGACAACGACACUGAAAACGACAGUCAGGAGAUAGAAAGUAGUAACACUGAAACGUCCACCACCUUUCACUCCAAAAGUCCCUGUGAACACUGCGAGAACUCUAAUGUGUACGGGACAUUAUCAUGA